UCGAAUAUAUAUUUAAUAACUGAGAUUAUUUACAGUCACGAUAACUGGAAAAUGCCAUAAAUUUAUUGCCAUUGAAACAUUUGUGAAAAUGAGACAUAUUUUAAUCAUUAAUUUUGCUAUUUAAGAUAAUUGUAUUUAAUUUGUUUCCGACGUUUACAUAUCAAAAGGUUGCAAUGAGCUGAGGUACGUUUCCCGAACAGUCGAGUAUCUUGCCUGAAGAAAAUGCAUCAUGAUGAAGACCGCAUGAUUAUUUAAACAUCAUACGCUUUAACUUUGGCAUUUGACCUUCCCUUUUGGGCAUCAACUUUUUACUCAAAUGUAUAAUUUAUUCUACGAUUCCACUUAAUUAUUAACAGUUUAGAGUGUAGACUAUGUACAAGCAGAAGUAGCAUAAAAAGAUCAUGAUAAAGUGAAUCCACUUUUUUAAAAAUGGAUAUUACAUCUUGGAUAUUGGUGCUAAUAAAUAUUGCGCUAUUAUUGUAUAGUUCGGGACAUUGCUCUGCAGAGAGCCUAUGCGACGAUGCCUCAAUCAUAGACAAUGAGGACAGAGUAUGUUACCUCAAAUCAGACAGUCCGGCCUCAUGGUCUAAAGCUGGGGAAGAUUGUGGUAAGAAAGGCGGAGAACUACCAGUUCUCAGCGAUGCCCACAGAAAUGACUUCUUUGUUAACGCUUUAAGGAAAGAAAGCAUGGAUGACAUUUGGAUUGGAGCAAACCAAACAGCUUCACAUUGGCAUUGGCUAAGUGGAGCUCCUAUUCUGGAACAGGGCUGUUACUUGGACUUUGAAACAAGAGAUUUCGAAGAACGCGCGCUAAGUAACGCAGGGAACCUCACAUAUGACUAUUGUAUUGACCAAUGCAGCACAUACAAAUUCGCAGGUCUACAGGCUGGACGAGAAUGUUGGUGUGGAAAUAGCUUCAACAAGUAUGGUGUUCCCGAGAGCAGGGAGGAAUGGUGUGCCACACCAUGCUCCGGACAGGGGGAUAGGUUAUGCGGGGAUAGUUGGAAAAAUACAGUUCUGGCCAUUGGUGGUUUGUUCACAUCAUGGGCAGAGACCCAGCCAAACAACUACAAAAACCACCAGGACUGUGCAGCUACUAAUAGAGAAGGGAUUUGGUUUGAUGAGACAUGCACAAUGUCAUUUUAUUAUCUCUGCGACAUAGAUCGGAGUGAGGAAGACUGUAGGGGAAUGGAUGGAAUCUUUAUAAACAGUAGCUGCGUUACUCUUUCCACAGAGAAACGUUCCUGGUUUGAAGCUACUAAUGCAUGCCAGUCAAAGAUGGGCAAUCUUUUAGAAAUCGAAUCAGAACAAUUUCAAGAUGAUCUUAAACAACGAUUACGAUCUCGUAUUGGUGAUAGAGAAAAAUACUGGAUUAAUUUGGUAAAAACACGCUGGCAAUGGAGUACAGGUGAUCCUGUAAUGGAGUUCCACUGGUCAGAAAACCAUCCCAACGUAUCUACAGACCAAUGUGUAGCAAUGGUGGAAAACGAGGGCCGGUAUAUGUGGCAGAUAACUCCUUGUGAUCAGCCUAGGAACUAUCUCUGCCAGAUUGUGAUGCCUGAAGAAACAACCACAACUGAAGCUCCUACUACAACGUCUACCACUACCACGACGACCACUGUGCCUACUACCACAAAGAAACCAACCACUGAACCACCGACCCCUGAGCCAGAAACUACAACCGAAGAUCAAUUUAAUAAUUGGCCUACCUCUGAACCAGGACCCGCUGAGUCUGGAGAUGAUGAUUCGGGAACGUACAGCGGUUUGGAUGUUGGCGUUGUCAUAGCCUUGUCCCUUGCUGGGGCAUUGUUGAUCUUUACUUGUAUCUUUGGCGCCUUUGUCUGCCAUCGAGCUUUGAAGAAAUCACGUGGUGGUAGAAAACUGACUGAUGACGGUCCCAGUCCAAUCAAUGGAUACAAGAACAACAAUCCACAUCACCAGAAUCCCCAACCCCACAACGUUUAUGAACUUAACACCAAUUAUGUUAACCCACCAGCGAAACAAGAAGUGAAACCAGAUGACAACAUCUAUGACACUACACUUAAAACAAACUGGGUUGAAGUUAAAGAUAACACUGAGAAUGAAUAUGCUGAACCUCCUAAUGAAUCAGAGUAUGCCAAUACGGAGGUAAUCAACGAACAUAACGAUGAAGACCUUGAGAGGAAUAAAGUUAAUGCUGAACGUAUAAGGGCAGUAAAGUCUAAGAACAGGGCCAGGGCAAUAGGACAUGACGUGUUUAACAGUGCUGAAAAUAUUCCUGGACAAGUAAACCAGGGAACAGAUCUUUAGACUUUAGAGUUCUCAUAUUGUAACAACAUGGAAAUUCAAAACUAUUUGUUAAUCUGACUUCAAUUAAUGCUCCAUUCUCUGUGACAUUUAAAAUUAUCAAAAUGUGAUUUGUAAGUUGAUUAAGUGAUCAUUUUUAUUUAUUUUAAAAGUAGAAUCAUCAAACUUGAAGGCAGAGUCAAUGGAGAUACAAUGUUGGCGAAUGUUGUAGCCUACAUGUUAUGGUAAUUCAUACAUAUUUUUUCUUAUGCAUCUCGUCUACAGGAUUAUUUUGGGGAAAAUCAUUGCAAAAUGAAUAUGAAACUAAUUCAAACCGUGAUCUGAUUUGUUUGUAUCUCCGUUGACUUUUGCCAUUAAAUACUCAUAUGAUGUAUUGUUUUAGA